AUGUCAAUCACAACGCCCCUCACCACCCUCCUCAAAAUUCAGAGCCCGGUCCUCCUAGCCGGCAUGGCAAAGGCCUCCGGCGCCGAACUCGCAGCCGCAGUCUCCAACGCCGGCGGACUAGGCGUAAUCGGCGGACUGGGGUACACACCGGAGCAAAUGAACGAGAUGCUCACGGAGCUCAAGGCCCUACUGAAGGACAAAUCGCUCCCCUUUGGCGUGGACCUCGCCCUCCCGCAGAUCGGCGGCAGCGCACGCAAAACGAACCACGACUACACAGGUGGAAAGCUCGACGAACUAAUCGAUGUUAUCAUCUCGCAUGGCACGAAACUGUUUGUUUCUGCUGUUGGUGUACCUCCGGCGCAUGUGAUUAAGCGCCUUCAUGACGCAAACAUCCUCAUUAUGAAUAUGGUCGGUGCGCCGAAACACGCGGAAAAGGCGCUCAAGGCCGGUGUGGAUAUCAUCUGCGCGCAGGGGGGUGAGGGUGGUGGGCAUACCGGGGAUAUCCCCUUCUCUGUGCUUAUUCCGGCCGUCGUGGAUACGGUACAGAAGUAUAAGAGUCCAUUGACUGGACAGACGCCGUUGGUCGUUGCGGCUGGUGGCGUGAAUGAUGGGCGCAGUUUGGCGGCAGCGUUGACGCUCGGUGCAUCUGGUGUCUGGGUGGGCACGAGGUUCCUGGCGACGGAGGAGAGCGGGGCGAGUAGGCUACACAAGCAGGCUGUUGUUGGGGCGCAGUAUGGCGAGACAAAGAGGACGCUUGUUGUCUCUGGCCGGCCGCUACGGUUGCUGCCGAAUGACUAUAUCAAGGAGUGGGAGAAGAAGCCUGAGGAGAUUGCACGGCUAACAUCCCAGGGAAUCGUGCCGAUGGAACAGGAUUUCAAUAAUGAGAAAGACGUGGACCUGCCGUUCUUGAUGGGUGAUGUCUCAGGCAUUAUCACCGAGAUCAAGCCUGCUGGCGUGGUCUUGAAAGAGAUGGUUGCGCAGGCUGCUGAAGUGCUGAAGAGAACUGCUGCUCUUGCUUCGGGCCCUGCGGCCAAGCUGUAA